AGGCCGACCCUUUGUGGAAACAUCCUGUUUGUGUGUGUUGAUCUAGCUUGAGUUUGCGUUCACCUCAGCCUAACAUGUGAAUGGUUAACAGCUGGAAAGAAGCUUGUGUGACUGCAGGUUGUGAAAUACUGCUGUAGGUCUGCCCUGAUUCGACUUUCCUCAAAGUUCAAAGGUUGCUGGAGCUCAGAGAGCUGAGCUGAGGGACUCAAAGACCAUUCUCUGUAAACCCUAGGGAUCGUUGUGUGUGGAAAAUCCCAGCAGAUCAGCAGUUUGUGAAAUACUCAGGCCAGCACAUGUGGCUCCAACAACCAUGGCACGUUCAAGAUGGAGAGUGUCACUUUCCCACCACUGUCCCGUAUUGCCAUUUGUGGUGGCACCCAUGGGAAUGAGAUGUCCGGGGUGUACAUGGUGAGAGAAAUGCAGAAACAGAAGGCAGAUCAGAGAGGAUCUGUUUCUAUAACCACCGUCCUGACAAACCCACGGGCUGUGGAUGCCUGUAGAAGAUACAUAGACACAGAUCUCAACCGCUCCUUCACUGAUGCCUCAUUGAGCACCCCUUUGACAGACUCCACACCCUAUGAGCUGAGGCGAGCCAAAGAGCUGAAUGCUCAGCUCGGGCCUAAAGGAAGUGAACAGGCUGUGGAUCUGCUCUGUGACCUUCACAACACCACCUCCAACAUGGGCAUCUGUCUUAUCUUCUACUCUUUAGACUGGCUGACCCUGCACAUUUACAAAUACAUACAGAGCAAGAUGACCUCAACCCCUGUGAGAGCAAUCCAGUUGGAUAUACCCCUGUCUGAGGCUUAUUCCCUAGAGGCAGUGGGCAAAUGUGGCUUUGCACUGGAGGUUGGUCCUCAGCCCAAUGGCGUGGUCAGAGCUGAUAUCUUUAACGCGGUGAAAGAGGCACUAGACCUGAUGAUUGAGUGGCUCCAGAGAUUUAAUUCAGGAGAAUCUUUUGAAGGAGGUGAAGUUGAAGCAUACACUCCUGUGGCUAAAAUAGACUACCCAAGGGAUCCUACAACCAGUGCGAUUACUGCUGCCAUACACCCACAGCUACAGGACAAUGACUUCAAGCUUCUCAAACCAGGUGACCCCAUUUUUCUGUCAUUUUCUGGGGACACGGUGAGGCACGAAGGAGAAGAGCUCUACCCUUUCUUUGUAAAUGAAUGUGCCUACUAUGAGAAGAAGAUUGCUUUUCAAUUAGCCAAGAAGUUCACUUUGACCCUCCCGUCCAUAAGUGUGAAGAAAGACUGAGAGCAGACCGAAGGAGAGCAAGGCGGACUGUAGCCAGGUUUUAAACUGCAAUCAGAAGAGAAAUGAAUGCACUACACAUGUGAUCACGUUUGUCAUAAUCUUAAGUGCACAAAUUCAAACAAUGAUGGUUAAAAAAAUUCUACAGAUGUCAUAAGCAAUAAUAAGAAUUUUGCUUUACACUGUAUAGAAAUCAAAUGCAACUCUCUGUAAGAGUACGACCUCUGUGAGGACUCGUCACACCAAAGAUGUUUUUAUACUUGAUUUAGUGAUAUUGCACAGAUUUUGGAGUAAUGAUUCUCCAAAUGCAUGUUUUAGUACACUUGAAUAUUAAUACUUUGAACUGUGGAAGAAAUGCACAACUGCAUGUCUGAAUAAAUGUUGAACGGUUGGUAAGUGAUCCUGAUGGUGUGAAGUGACUGGAUACGAUUUUUUUAAGCAAACCCAAGAUCCGUGUGCUCUGCAGAUCGGAUAAGUGCUCAGCGAAGAAGUCCCUAAACCCAGUUAAAUCCUUACUAUUUGCCUGCACAAGUCAACCGUGCCGACUGAUGGACAGAAAGAAGUCAACACAUCACCAGAGCUGUCAAGUGGGAACCCCCUUUCGCUAGUGUUUUGUCCAAUUAGCCUUCCAACACCUCCAGAGGGUUGAACAGUGAUCUCCAGCAUCCCAGAACCACCCCUCUCCAUGCCAGCAUGGAAACAUUCUCUUUCUUAUCUACGCCACCACAUGGCCAAACAGCAUUGCCACUUUCAACAGACCCAGGCUUAGCAAGAGGGUGGAAGUAACAGAGCUAGGGUGAGACACCCUGACUGGGGCUGACACUCUACCUCCCCUAGCAUGACUCAUAAUUGCAACCAUCACUCAAUAUUCAGCCCCCAGUGGGCAUUUUUUCCUCCUCAUCCAAAUCCACUAACUGGCCAGAACCUUGUCCUCUGACAUCUCCCUAACUGUCUUUCGCGAACUCUGUUCCUGCACUCUUAGAUUUCUGAGUAAUGAGACAGUUGACCUUGCCACAUACCCUCUACACCCCACAUCUACUGGACAAACUCUGACUUUCCAUCCUAACUGUUCAACUUCUGCUCCUAAAUCUGCAUAUCUAAGCAUUUUCCUUUCAUAUGGUUUCUUCACAGAAUCAUCCCAGUGAACUGUCAGCUCUAUGAAAUAAACUAUACACUGACCAGCAG